AAAAUGAUGGGUGACAACGAAAUGGGUUAUGGAGACUACUACAACUACGACGGUGGCUGGUCCGUGAUGCCUCAGGAGUACAACGUUGAGCCGGCCUGCCAGUACCGACAGCCUCAAAUCGAGGAGGACUAUCGAUACAAUACAUAUGCAUUGCUAGACAGUAUGAAAAUGCCUGGUCAACGGCCAGGGUUUCAAAUAUCAGAUAUUCUGGGCUUGAAUGAAGCGAAAGGUCUGGACACCCCCGCUCAAAGCUCGAUCGGGUGUUCUCUGGACUUACCGGCCUACCCCCCUCCACAGCACAGCUAUUCACACGAACUACUCAGGCAUCAUCAGCCUUGGUUAUCUUUGGAUCAACACGAUAGUGCAGGAGUACUUGGACAACAAGCCAGCCCAGACAGUACUUCACGAGCUUCUGAGCUGUCGUACGUCGGCCCUUCAGCUACUUCCCCGUCUACCGGGCGGCACGACCACGACCAUGAACACGACCACGACAACGACCAUGAUAUCAUUGACCACGACGAUGAUAAUGAUCACGAUCAACCUCCUAGCAACAACAGUGAUCCCAACUUAGUACACAAGAAACGUAAGCGGCGCGUUUUAUUUUCUAAAGCACAAACGUAUGAGUUGGAGAGACGAUUCAGACAACAGAGAUAUUUAUCAGCGCCAGAACGAGAGCACCUAGCGAGUUUGAUAAGAUUGACGCCGACGCAAGUCAAAAUAUGGUUCCAAAACCAUAGGUACAAAACAAAGCGGGCCGUGCAAGAAAAGGGGGCACACGAUUUAAACGUUGGUGGCCUGAACUCACCGCGGCGUGUAGCAGUUCCCGUCCUGGUUAAGGAUGGAAGACCAUGCCUCGGUAAGCCAGAUGGAUUACCGCCACUCGGGAUGUCCCUUCCGCCGUAUCAGCCCAUGCAUCACCAGCCCCCAGUAACGGGCCAUGCGCCGCAACCGAACGGAUGCUGGUGGUGA